UUUUUUUUUCCUUUCUUUCUUUUUCUCUUAAAUUUCUUUUUUUUUUCUUUUAUUUCUCCUUUGUCAUAUAAAAUGGCUCUCGGAGAAAAAAAUGAAGAAAUAGAUAUUAUUGAUAUUCAAGAUAAGAUGGGCUAUGUUGAUACAGGUUUUGUUGAAAUAUGUCCUACUAUUAAACAACCACAACUUGUAACUUCAAAUACAUCCUAUUUGAAUAUUAAAGAACCAAAACCCCAAAGACAGGUGCAAAUAAAUUCUGAUUAUUAUUUAAAACCAUAUUCAAAUGAUUAUCAAGCUUUGAAUAAUAAUAAUAAUAAUAAUAAUAAAUCAGAUUCAACUGAUGAAACUUUACCAAGUCACUCAUUUAAUAAUGAUGUAGUUGUGUCACAGCAGCUACAAGAAAGAUUAUUAGAAAGCAAACCAUCUAAUAAAGGGAAAGGGAAAGGAUCUUCAACUAAAGCCACAUCCAUAUCACCAACCUAUACUCCCAGACUAUGGCCGAAUCAGAUUGGAUCAUCUAAUGUAACCGAAUCUCAACAAAGAUUGUUAUCAUUAUCAGACCCUAAUAGUCAUAGUCUGGAAUACGAAAACGUAGAUAGUAAUGAAGUAAAAGAUAGGGUCGUUUCCAAAUUGUAUGAGAUUGCAGAUAUGUUAAAGUCAUUAAAUAUUGUAGAGAAGCAACAACAACAACAACAACAACAACAACGUCUUAAAAAGAGAAGCUCAACUGCUUCUCUUUCCUCUCACUAUAAUGAUGCUGUAUCAUCACCUCCAUUGAGACCUACGCCAUCGAAAUCAAGUCCAUAUCAAUAUCAGCAACCAUCUAUACAAAGAAAGUCAAGUCAAAACAGUAGUAGUAGUGGAAGUAGUAAUAAUAAUAAUAAUAUUAAGAACAAAAGUAAUUUUGAUCCUACCUCUGAGAAUAACAACAGCAAACGAAAACAUCACAGAGAUAUCAUGUCUACAGAUCAUUUUCAAGUUGAUAAUCCUUUGUCACACUAUCAUGAGACAUCACCUAAUAAUCGUCAUCAUUCUCUUUAUUAUCCUCGUCCUCCUUAUGAACCAGAUUAUAAUCAUCAUUUUUACUAUCAUCCAGAAGAUAGAUAUAAUUAUCAUACAAUAGCACCACCGCCGCCACCAUUACCUCAUCUUCAUCCGGAUCCUCAUUCUUCAAGAUUUUAUCAUGGUUCAAUCAAAAAUGGAUCAAGUCGACAAAAAUCAUAUAAUAACGAUAUUAGGUCAGCUAAUGUCAAUCAUGAGCAGCACUAUUAUGUUCCUAAGCCAAUGUUACAACGAAAAGGGUCUAGAGGGAAUUCGAGAAGACCCGUGAUGAGACAGGUACCGAUAUACGAUGACAUAAUUUAUGAUCCUCAAUUUCAUCCUCCAGAUAGAGUAAACCCUCACUAUUAUCGCUAUUAUAAACAACCCUAUUCUCCUAUUCAUUAUUAUCCAGCCUAAUAUUAUUAAAUACAUAUACAUAUACAUAUACAUAUAUAUACAUAUACACUACAUAUAAUUUAAUAACAAUAAUUGAAAGAAAAAAAAAAC